AUGUCCACCACUGUUAAGCAAAACUCAACUAACCCAAGACCAACCGUCAGACGUUCAAAUAUCGCUGUUGGUUUCAACAGAGGUCACCCAGUUGACAUCAGAAAGCCAGUCGCCAAGAAGACCUCUGUCUCCAAGAGAUUACCAGUCAUCCGUGACCUCAUCCGUGAAGUUGCUGGUUUCGCUCCAUACGAAAAGCGUAUUCAAGAACUUUUGAAGUCUGGUUUGGAUAAGAGAGCCCUCAAGGUCGCCAAGAAGAAGCUCGGUUCCUUCCAAGGUGGUAAGAAGAAGAGAGAAGAAAUGGCUGCUGUCAACAGAAAGUUCAAUUGUUUGAUGAUAAAUAGGAUAGCACUAUCACAUGAAGCUGAUACAUCGGUCAGUAUUUUGUACUUGGAUAGUAGCAACAUCGAUUCGUUUGUCACCAAGGGUAUAUGGAUGGUUUGUUUCUACGCACCUUGGUGCAAGCAUUCCAAGGCAUUCGAGCCCGUCUACCACGAGUUGGCACUGCUCUUAAAGGGUCAUGUCAACUUUGCCAAGAUCGAUUGUAUUGCCGACCCAGCUCUAUUACAUCGUUUUAAAAUUGUUGCCUAUCCAACCAUUAAGUUGUUAUUCGAUGGACAAUUGUACGAGUAUUCAGGAGACCGAAGUAUACCUUCAUUGUUGACAUUCUUGCAAACUGGGUACAAGGAAGCUACCCCAACACAAUACCCACAUCUUUCGCCACCACCAAUCGAAGAGGGUGCGCAGUUUGUCGAGCGUGGGGCAGCUGCACAGUCACAGCAUCAGCAACAAGAGGGUCCAUCGACCCCUUUGCCAGUGCACCCAUACAACCCACCCAUGCCAGCAUACCAACAGUACGGACAAGACGAGCAGGCAAUCGAGCAAAUGACCCUCCAAAAAAAACUAUUGGAACAACAAAAGGAACAACAAAAAUUACAAGAACAAGAGAAGAUGAGACAACAAUAUCAAGAGCAAUUCCAACAACAACAAGCUCAACAAGCUCAACAAGCUCAAGCUAAUCAACAAGCUCAACAAGCUCAAGCUAAUCAACAAGCUCAACAACGUGCCCAACAAGCUCAACAAGCUCAACAACAAUCCAAUCUCCAAGCUCAACAACAAGCUCAACAACAAUACCAACAAAGACAACAACAAGCUCAAGCUCAACAACAUGGCCAACAACAACCUCCACAACACCAUCAUCAUUAUCCAGCUCAACCUGUGAAUCCACAACACCAACACAGACAACCUCAACAACAUCCACCUCAACAUGCUCAACAACAAGCACGUAAACCAUACCAACCAUCAGAACAAGCUCAACAAGCUCAACAACAACAAUCUCAACAACAACAAUCUCAACAACAACAACAAUCCCAACAACAACAAUCACAACAAAUUAGUAAUGAACCAAAGAAAAUUGAUAUUGCUGGAUGGAUGGAUUCCAAGAUAAUGUAUGUUGCAUUGGGAGGAGCAGCCACUGCAAGUAUAUUGAUGAUUCGAAAGAGAAUUCGUCAAAGAACAAAAUUUAUGAAAAUUGCUUAG